AAUUGACACACAUAUGGAAACUAACCUAUCUUAUUACUAUUUUUUUGAAUUUAGAUAUCAGCUCACACAUAAAAUUCACAGUUCAUCCAGAUUUUCAUUAUCAUUCGCUAUAUACUAACAUCGAUCUAGAUAUGGAUGAGUGCCACUGCGUGAAUUUUCCUGGCGAGGGUGUGGACAUCAAGACACCCAGAAACGAAUACCUCAGCGCCUUUUUUAAAAGGAGCUAUGCCAAUCACACAGUCAAAGUCCGAAUGCCCAUAAUCAUAACAAAGAUUAUCGAUAGUUUGGUCAGAAACAAAGAGGAGAUUACCACAAUUCAUGGUUUGGAGAGUGCCGAAGAUCUUAAACAUGUCAUUGGUGAACUUUCAAAGUUGAAAUAUGAGAUCCAAACGAACAAGGAGAUUGUUAAACUGAAAUCCACUGAACCUGAUGCUGUGCACUACAAUAAAGUGCUCAAAUAUCAUAACGAUCAGAACGCGACGUGCAGCUAUUUCAACGUGCUCUGGCUGUUCGCCGAAUGUUACAUGUACAGGCGGAUCAAGGAAAUGUUCGAAGAGACGGUGCAUUUACAGAAAUUCGAUCCGUUCAGAGAAGACAAACGCAGCACUUUCUUUAAAGGAAAAGAAGCGAUGAUUUAUUUGGGUCAGUUCCUGCUGGACAUAUUAAGCAGUCAUUUCAGGAAUGAUGAGUCUGAUUUUAAGGAGCUUUUAAAAAUAAAUAUGUGGGGCAACAAGUGCGAUUUGUCUCAUACGAAUGGUGAUGCUUUAGCGCCUACAUUGAGUCUCAUUGAAUGCAAUAAGAGCUUGUCUAAGAAUCUUCUUUGCGAUAUGAGCAAUGAAGUCUGGUUAGCAGCGAACGUGGAAAGUAGAUAUCAAUUCAUAGAUGUUGUAUUGGAUAAUUGCGGCUACGAACUUUUCACGGACCUGUGCAUCGCUGACUUUUUGUGCACGAAGAAUAUAGCGGAAAGGGUCAGAUUUUACGUGAAGACAAUACCGUGGUUCCUUUCCGAUGUGAUGAAAAAAGAUUUGGAAUGGUUGGUUGACCAAUGCGCUGAUAGCGAGGACGAUGUCUUGCGAAAUCUAGGUUCACGUUGGAAAACGUACUUGGAAGACGAUUUUUGGACAAUCGAAGAACACGACUUCUGGACCACCCCGCUCGAGUACAAGCACAUGUUCAAAGUCGACGAGAGUCUCUAUAGGAAAUUGGCGCGCGCCAAAUUGAUCAUCUUCAAAGGUGACCUUAACUACAGGAAGUUGUUUGGCGAGAGAUCCUGGGAUCCGACCACAUCGAUUGAGCACGCACUCGGCGGUUUCUUCCCCUCGAGGAUCUGCAGUUUGCGCACGUUGAAAUCCGAAUCGAUCUGCGGAUUGAACGACAAUGCAGUGAAAAAGGCGGAGAACGAAGACUCCACGUGGAUGAUCUCCGGCAAUUACGGCGUUAUACAAUACUGCGGCAAUAACAUGGUGCUUAUCUAAUUACGCUAAUCAAUUUCUUUCUUUCUAAUAAAUUUUUCGCAUCCUCCCAUUUUUAAUCGA